AUGGACACUAAGACUCCACCAAUCCCGUUGAAGGUCCAGGAGAAGCCAAAACCGAAGCAGCAGGAAAGUGUUGCCAACGUGUCCUUGCCCCCGCUGACACCAUACAGGAAUCAUCGUCAGAAGCAAAAAAUCCCUGGUGCUCAAUGGUCGCGUGAUGUACCCAGCGCUAUACGAUAUCAAGAUCAUCAAAAGAAAAGGCCAUACAGAGUGCUACAAAUCGGCGCGACGCCUUUGAUGCACGCUUGCCAACAAGGCGACAGAGCAAGAGUCCUAAGACUACUGAAGGAGCAAGAGGACACGAUCGGAUACAGAGAUCGCACUCUGAGGAACGCUCUGCACUAUUGCAUGGACGCUGGAACCGGAGGUGCCGUCGCUGCGGCGGCACCGGAACUGGUGAACGCGCCCGACGCAGAAGGACACACGCCACUUCAUUUGGCUGUGAUCGCCGGUGACACGCAAUUAGUUGCUGUUCUAUUGGCAAACGGCGCCGACGUGAACGCUAAGGACCUGGAAGGACAUAGCGUCCUCCAUUGGGCUACUGUGUGCGGAGAGGCAGAAUGUGUCCGCUUGGUAUUAGCAGCGGGUGCUCGGCCAUCAACGCCUGAUCUCCGAGGGGGAUCCCCUCUUCACUACGCCGCUCAAUGUUGCGGUUCGGCCGCAACUGCCGAGCUUGCUGUGCCUAAGAAAGUUGGCCUAAAGGUCCUCCAGACCCUUCUCGAAUUCGGCGCUGAUGUGAACGCAAAGGACGAAGACGGAAGGCAGCCAAUUUUAUGGGCAGCAAGCGCUGGUAGCGUGGAAGCUGUGCUAGCUUUAGCUAGAGCCGGUGGUUCAGCUGCUGCAGGAGCUGCAGACAAGGAUGGCCUGACUGCUCUUCACUGUGCAGCAUCGAGAGGACACGCCAGAUGUGUGGAAGCCUUGGUGAAUCUCUGCGGUGCUCAUCCUGAUCACGUCGAUGAUAAUGGCUGUUCAGCUCUGCAUUAUGCUGCAACUCUUGGCCACGCUGACGCUACGGCUCUAAUUCUGAAGCUGGGAGCCGAUCCGAACCGACAGGACCGAAAGGGUAGAACACCAGCGCUUUGUGCGGCGUCCAAGGGUCAGCUGGAAACCCUGAAGAUUCUUGCGCAGCACGGCGGUUCCCUUUACGCGAGGACAGUGCGCGGUACAGGAGUCGCGCACGAAGCUGUCGCUUCCGGUAGGAUCGAGUUGAUCAAAUGGCUGGCGAAGAAGCGUCCAAGUACUCUGGACGUCGCUACGCACGAUGGGAAAACACCGUUGCACGUGGCGGCGUUGCACGGACAUUUAGACGUGUGCAAGGUCCUGUUGGACAACGGUGCAAGGAUCAACGCUAUGCUUCGAACCAGCAAAGGGAAUCUGAUGACAGCUUUGGACGCAGCUCUCUACAGAGGGUACAGAGAUUGCGCGAAAUUGAUACAAAUGCACGGCGGUACCACCGCGCAACAGCUGAGGAUGCAGAAAACUGUACCGAAUAAAGUGUUCGCAACGAAAAUGCACAUGAGGCACAUGGACAGCAGUACCGAUACAGAAAGCAGCCCCUGUAGACGAGGUCGUAGCUACAAACUUCCGAAGCUGUACUACGAAGAGCAAUUGAUCGAGAAGAGAACGCGACGAAGAGGAAAUUUGAGAAAAUUGGCUCGUCAGGAUAGUAGAAGUUUCAGCGAGGAGGAGGUCAGGCUGUCGAAAACAUCCUCGAAGAAAGAUCAUCAAAGGAGAGCUCGGAGUGAAUCAGCAAGAUACGAAGAAGAUGACACCGAUCGAAAAUUAAGAAGAAAGAGGAGUAGAAAACGUUCAACGAAGUCUCGGCAAGAUUCCAGUGAGUCGUCCAUAGAGUCAGACAGUAAAACGGACAGGAGCAAUGAAACGGAGAACAAAGACGGCAUCACAAGGGACGAAGUAGACGACGAGAGCGUAAGCGACGAUAGUUUAGAGGUGGUUGUAGUACGAAAAUCUUUGGAGAAGAAGUGUGAAAAGGUGGUGUCUGGAAGGAGAUCGAAAACGCCUAAAGAAAGUUCAAAGGAAACGAAGUUCACGAAAACACACACGAGCACUAGAAGAAAAUUGAAGUCGAGCAGGUCGAAAACGUCGGAGAACGGUGAAUGUGCGAGCAAUCGUAUACAGCCGUCCGACAAAGAACAAGGGCCAAAAGAAUCUACCUCUCAGAGUCAGGAAACUCCGAGAACUUCGAUAGACGAGGAUAGAGAUAAUCAUGAGAAGAUCAUCGAAAGUCGAUAUCGCAGAGAUGUAACCGACAGCACCAGCCAAGAAACCGUCGAACGAGUGAUCGUGACAGCCAUGGUUCACAAAGAUCAAGGACCAGACACUCCGAAAUCGAUCGUGGAAACUUCAAAGGAGGUCACCUUCGACGACAGAUUAAAAACGGAGGAAAUCAAGACGGAAGAAGUGUGCAGAGAGACUAAUUCCAGCGCCAGCAAGAUGACCGAUAUUUUAGAGAAAAACGACGAAUCGAGGAACAAUCUCGUGACAAAAGCAGCUAAUCUGAAGAAAGACGUGGAAGAAAUGAGGCAACAGGUUGCGCAAGAGAAGAUUCAAAGGGAAGCAGACUCGAGACGAAGUCUGGAAAAAGAAGACAGAAAGCAAAGUGAAGAUGUAAAAGAUGUAGAGAGUGGGCAAAAUGUAAAAAUGGAUCGAGAUGAAGAAGAUGGGAAAGGUGAAACGCCUUCUGUCGGAGAGAAAGAACAAAAGGAGAAGAAAGACGAAAAAGGUAGGUUAGACGCACACGGAACGACCGAGUCGGAGAAUUCCAUGUUGGAUUCCCGGAAAGAAGAACGGCAGAGUCAACAGGAAGUCGACUCCGCCUCGAAAUCCGAAAGAACGACGCCUGAAAUGAAGUCUGACGACAGUCACGACAAAGAAACUCACAGCGAGAAAACAGACGUGUCUAAGCAGGCUUCCAAAGAAGACCACGGAGAAUCGGAGAAAACGAGCAAAUCUGAAAGUCCAGUUAGCCAGAAGAGCGUGCAAAAAGAGGAUACCACACCGAGAACAGCUGUGGAGGACAUUCCACCGUCGGAGGAAGAAGAGAAAAAGUCGACGCCAGAGGAGACAAGAAGUAAGUCGAGAAGUAAAUCAGGAAUCGUCAAAAGGAGGCAAUCGUUCGACGAAAGAAGAUCUUCCAAGUCUUCGUCUUCGAAACAGUCGGAUGAAAGCCCUAAGAAGAGCGGAGGAAGCUACAAGAGAAGAGAAUUCAGCAAGAGACGCGAUUCUUCCGCGAGCAAAAUUUCUAUAAAAUCGUCGACAGAAAAAACGAACGGAGAACAUGGAGAGAAGACGUCAGAGGAGAAGGAGAAACCUGAAGAAAAGGUGACCGAAAGCGUGCAAGGAAGAGAAGCAACGAGCACAUUGGUGGAAAGUUCGAGCAAGAAACCACCGGAUGAAAAGGAGCAAGUAGAUUCUACUCGUCGAAAAUCGGUCGAUUUCUCGUCGUCGAAAGAUUCCGCGUUGAUGGAAGAAGCUGAAGACGGUUCGUCGAAUGUCGAUACGCCAACCGCUACGAAGAGGAAGAUGUCCGACGAGGAAGAAGCUGCUCGAACUUCGUCACCGGCGAAGAUAGACGAUCAGAAGGAGGACGAAGAGGCUGUGAAACUUAAGGAUCGUCCUGUGGAAGAGGCAUUGUCCAGGGAGGAGAAUUUUCGAUAUAUCGACGAAAGCUCCUCGAGUUCCCCAAAAUCGGCACAAACCAGACGAUCGAGACCGCCAACGGGAAAGAUUAGGAAAAUUGGACGAUCUACUUCUCGAUCGUCGUCGAAAAAGUGUUUAUUCGAAAGUUCAGAAGAGCGUUCUCCAGACAGGAGCGCCAUAGUGGCAGUGAUCGAGAGUCCGGAGUGGGAUGAAGAGAACGAAGAGAUCGAGAAAGAAAUUAGGGACGCGAUCGGGGGGGACGCGGAGCACGAGACGGAACCUGAGGAAGAUAACGAAAUGGGUGUCAUGAGGGUGUUGCCGAGCACAAGCGAGGAAGAGAUCUCUCGGGCUGGACCCGAAGUGUGCGGAGCUUCGGCGACAGAUUCGUUACCUCAGGUACAACCCAGUGCACGUACACGUUUAACACGAAUUCAAAGUCCUCAAGAAAGCAGAACCAAUCGACUGGAAGGGAAACAACGUCGUGACAGCGGUGGUAGAGACAGUGGUAUAGAACCUAGUCCAAGAGUAUCGAGAAUACCGAGAAGAAGAAUCAUGAAAUGUUGUCCAAACACUGACAAACAGCAAGCUCUUAACAUGGAUACCAUAACGAGGGAUGUGCAAAUCAGCUUACGUCGAUAUCAUCUGGAAAGGAAGAUUUUUUUUCAACUGAUGGAAUUAAAGAGACUACAAAUACGACACGGCAGAGCGAAUGAACAAGUUCUCGUUAAACGACAGGUCGAUGCUUUCCAUAAAGCUGGUAUGUCUGGGCCCGCCCUUGGCGUAACGAAAUACGAUCAACCCUUGACAUUCAGACAUUUCGAAGCUUUCUUGUACGAUCAACUGAGGAAACUUCAGAAAAGGCCAGCGACCCCAGAUUUCUGUACAGAAGCGAAACAGUGUACCCAGAAGACUCAUCGCUGUCAUUCAGAAUUUAAUUUUAAACUUUCCCUAUUGUGAUUGUAGAUUAUAAUUGCAGUAGGUGGAGGCGGUCAGGAACAAGUGGAUCUUCUUCCAAAGAUAGAGAGCCGUGGAAAGGGCCAAAUGACGGUGGAAGUAACGCGUGGAGAGGAGAAGCAGAUAAUAGCUCUUCCAGCUGAAAGACUGGAUCGUACGAGAAAAUAUUACGUGACGUUCACUGUCAGAGGGGAAGCCCAACAAGAAACGGAGAAAUCGAAAUCUUCGGUCGGUGUCCAAAGGAAUGCCAAAAGCGUUUAA